UUGAAGAGACUGCUUCUAUCAUUUAUGGUGGAAAGGACAAGUUUAAGAAGGACAAACCCCUUCAAGCUGUUCUUCAACGCAGAAAUUGAAGUCACGAAGAUUUAUCUUUGUAAUCCCUGCCUCCACUUUGCUUGCCUGCCUCGUUGGGAUGUAGGCUGCCUGCUUUCUCAGUGUUCAGCACAGCUCCCACUGCCUACAGUUUGCAGUGGCACUUCUACAAAUUACACUCCUCCAUACCAAGCACCACGAAAAACAGCAUUAACAACCACUGUGCAAAGGGACUCGUAUCACACAGGAAAUCUGUGGCAAAAGCAGGGAUAUGACUUGGUUCCCCAGAGCUGCACUCAUGCCUUAAUCAUGAAAACAUGUUCUCUUCUCUGCAGUUGUCUGCUUCAUUCACUGUGUCCUUCCAACAGCUGCAAGAGUACAGGUUGUAGAGAGCACAUUCCCUGUUACUGUGCCGUGCUUCGUCCUCCAGCACCGGUUCUUUCUGCGGGCUACACAACACGGGAGGCCACGGAAAACUCCCUCUGCCCAAAGGAAUCUCACACUGUUCCCUCUGCCCCACCACCAGCACAAUGCACCAGAGCCCUGGUCCUUUUUUCUGCCUCUUAUGCCACCAGGAGAGUUGGGUGCAUGGGAGCAAUGGGAUUCCCGAUCCAAUUCCUGCGUGUAAUCAGGCCCGGCUGCAGCUGCAGUGAGCGGCAGGAUCAGGGAAAACUGUUUUGAACGCCAGUAGCCCCAGGGCUGGAGCAUGCCCAGAUGUUUCAUGGAAUGGCUCUGGCAGACCAGUCACACACAGGUGUUUAUUGGCUUGAAGUAAAAGUCAGGAAUACCAGGAAUAAUUCAUCCACCACUUGGCUCUUCAAACAGAAGAGGAACGAGCACAACGUGCAAAUCGAAAGGGCAGAUAGCGGCGGCUCUGAGCUGACACACACACGCUUCACCCACGGAGCUGCUUGCAGGAUGAACUUCUGAUUUUCCUGGAACAAACUCAUUUUAGUUAUGAAAACUGAUUAUGCAUAUUGUGAAAGGCAUGCAGCCAAGCAACUGUAAAACUCUGUUUUUCACUAAUAUCUAUCAUUUUUAGGAACAAAACAUGCUGCCACUAAAUGCAAGCACAAGUCUGCUUGGAAAUGUGAUUUGCAGUUUACUUUCUCUUCAUGUUUAAAAGCUAUUCCAAAGCAAAACAGACCUAACCAGAUCAGAAGUAGCAUUGUGUACUUAGCUUAAAUACACUG